CUCUGUUUUCCCCUGCCCUCCUGCAAGGUUCCUGAGUAUUAGGCCAGUCCAGUCCAGCCCACUGCAGCCACCGCGCCAAGGCCACUGGCCAUGGACUAUGACAAACCCAGAAAGGGUGGCUUUGUGUCCCCCAUAAAGAGGCUGGUUUUCCCCAAGGCAAGCCGCCGUCAGGUGGACAAGGGAAAUGUCCGCCGGCCGCUCCACACGGUGCCCCUUUACCCGCCGGACUACCUCAUCCACCCCGAAAGGCUCAUCUACGACUACGUGGAGAAGGAGGUCAAGUUCCUGGGGCAUCUGACUUGGGUCUCCUGCUCCCUUAACCCCUCCAGCAGAGAUGAGCUGCUGCAGCUUCUAGACACAGCCAGGAAGCUGAAGGUGUUGCCCCUGAAGACGAGGCCGGAGCAGGACUGCAUCCUCAGUCUGUCGGCGCGCUGCCUGCUGCUCACCUGGAGGGACGACGAGAAGCUGCUGCUGCGCAUCCCCACGCACGAGAUCGCCGCCGCGUCUUACCUCAGAGACGACGCCCUGCAUCUGCUCGUGCUCAAGACUGGUCUGAAUGUGGACACGGUUCUGGCUGGGGACAGCCUGGAGAAGAAGCCCGGGGGCAUCGAGGCUCGCAGGCAGACCAUGAGCAACUCCGCCAUGACCAACGCCGACCCCCGACCGGCAGGGGGCACUAUGGAGCGACGCCAUACCAUCUGCGGCGUGGACUGGAAGCCCUCCUUACGCCAUGACUCCAAGCAGAGCGCGGCGGCAAGGGGGCAGCAGCAGCAGCAACAGGGUGGGGUUAUGACGGGUGGGGCGGGGAGCUCCGCCGGAGGUGGUGGAGGCGGAAGUCUUGAGCGCAAAAACGUAGGGGGGAGCUGGGAGCGCAGGGUGACCCGGAGGGCGGGCGGAGGGAGCUGGGAGAAGCGGCCCGUGAGCGGCAACUGGGACCGGAGACCAGUAGGGGGUAGCUGGGAGCGGCGUGUGACUGCGGGGGGCGGGGUGGGGGGCAGCUGGGAGAAGAGGCACGGGCCGGGCGGGGGCAAGCCCGGGGGCAGCUGGGAGAAGAAGCACACGAAAGGGGGCAGCUGGGAGCGCAGGCAGGCCUGCACGGGGAGCUGGGAGCGGGGGAAGGUCUACGGGAGCUGGGAACGGAGGAACCACAACCCCCUGGAGCCCACGCCCUGCCCUGACUCCUACUGCAACCUGGUCAUCCUGGCUGUGGAGAACAGGGACGCUGCUGAGGAAUAUUGUGCCCUCAUCUGUCAGAUGUUCCAGAUUAUCUACGGGCAACAGACCAUUGAGUGUGUGGACAGGGCGGGCUUCCACUACACCAUGCCUGAACGCUAUUGGCUACAGAGAAGUGACAGCUGCUUGACAGAUAUGACAUACGGCUAUGACGCUGACUUCAGCUGCUGUAGCUCCUUCGACGGCUCCCAGGACGCCUUCGACCCAUACUACAGCGAGACCUACAGUGAGAGCUCGUCACUGUCCUACCAGGGCUCCCACCGGAGCCUGGCAUCGGUGCACAGCGAUGGGGAGCCCAACAACGCCUGCGUGCAUCUCAUGCAGGAGUACAUGAUUACGCUCCGGAACAGGCUGAGUCCCCAGGAGAUCCAGAGCUUCGCGGUGCUCCUCCGAGAGUACAGGGUGGGCGCACCCAUAGACGAGUUCUGCUCAGACCUGCUCCAGCUCUACGGAGACACCCGCAAGUUCCUGCUGCUCGGUAUGCGGCCCUUCAUCCCAGACAAGGAUGUGGGAGCCUUUGAGAGCUUUCUGGAAGGCAUCGGUAUCCGGGAGGGCGGGAUCCUCACGGACAGUUUUGGGCGCAUCAAACGCAGCAUGAGCAGCACCUCAGCAACUGCUGUCCGCGGUUACGACAGCUGGUCCCUCCCCUCCGGCUCGCAGGACUUCAACCGCAGGAUCAGUGACAUCACGCAUGACAUCGAGGCUCUGGGGUUUGAGGAGGGACACGGGGACAUAGAAGAAGAGGAUUAUUACAUGUGAGCGAGACAGAGCUGCCUGAGCUGGGACACUGUGUGUGUGUGUGUGUGUGUGUGUGUGUGUGGGUGUGUGUCCGUGUCCGUGUGUGUGUGUGUGUGCCU